GACGUUUGAAACGUCACUCACGGGGACGAAAAACAGAAGCAACUUCCGCGUUCUUCGCAUAGCAACAGGAGGACGGCGAAGAUGGCUGACAGUACGGACCCCGAUAAAUAACGUCUGGGAGGUUGAAACAACAACAGGCAGUGGCUGGAGUUUUUAAUUUUCAAACGGGGUGACUGAGUCCUCCAGGACCUUCAUCCCACAAAGUCCAUGGCGUCCGCUCAGAUCCGGAUCAGCCAACAGGCCUUGGCGGUGCUGGAUGUGGCACUUCGCGUCCCUUGCAUCUUUAUUAUCGACGCCAUUUUUAACUCUUACUAUGAUCCCGGGUCAGGAUGGGCCGGGACAGCAGGCAAGAUUUUCAUCAGAGUCAUGGGUAUCCUAGUGUCCAGUGUGGCGCUGGUCCUUUCCCAGAAGGCCCUGUUCAAGUUCUACACCCUCUUCUUCGCCGUGCUCCUGGGAAUGGUGGCCGUCCUGAUCAACUACUACGCCACCUCCCACAUAGACUUCUACAGCGCCUACUACAAAGCGGCUCUGGGCUUCCGGCUGCUGCCCAGGAACGGCCCCACCCUUUGGCUGGGCAUGGCAGUGCUGCAGCUGGUUUUUGGCAUGGGCUACGUCUUCCUGCUCAACAUCCAGUCUGUGUGCGCCGCCCUGGUGGUGCUGGACAUCAUGAUCCCCCUGUGGGGGCUGAUCAUCGAGCUGCCCGUGGACGUGAGGCAGCUGGUGGCCGUGGCCUCGGGCCUGGCCCUGGCCCUCCACACGGCGGUGUGUCUGGCGCUGAAGCUCAAGUGGUUCUACUACUCGUGCCGCUACGUUUACCUGCUCGUCCGGCACAUGUACCGCAUCUACGGGCUGCAGCUCCUGGUGGAGGACACCUGGAAGAGGAUUCGCUUCCCGGAUGUGUUGAGGGUGUUCUGGCUGACUCGCAUCACCGCGCAGGCCAUCAUCCUGGUGUACGUGGUCAGGGCCGUGCGCCACGAGAGCGCCGGGGUGGGCGCCGACGUCGGCGCCGGCGCCGGCGAUCACCACGGCUACCUGACGCGGGACGUGUUCUGGGACCUGUUCAGCAACCUGAUCAUCAGCGGCUGCGACUCCACGCUGACCGUGCUGGGGAUGAGCGCCGUGAUCUCGUCCCUCGCCCACUACCUGGGGCUGAGCAUCCUGGCGUUCAUCGGCUCCACCGAGGAGGAGGACAAGCGUCUGGGCUUCGUGGCGCCCGUCCUGUUCUUCAUCCUGGCCCUGCAGACGGGCCUGAGCGGACUGGACCCGGAGGACCGGCUCAUCCGCCUCAGCCGGAACAUGUGCCUCCUGCUCACCGCCAUCCUGCACUUCAUCCACGGCAUGACCGACCCGGUCCUGAUGUCGCUGAGCGCCUCCCACGUCUCUUCCUUCCGCCGCCAUUUCCCCGUGCUCCUGGUGUCGCUGAGCCUGUUUGCUCUCCCGGUGAUGCUGAGCUACGCGCUGUGGCACCACUACGAGCUCAACACCUGGCUGUUCGCCGUCACGGCCUUCUGCGUGGAGCUGUGCUUGAAGGUGCUGGUGUCCCUGACGGUGUACGCCCUCUUCAUGGUGGACGGCUACCACAACGUCCUGUGGGAGAAGCUGGACGACUACGUCUACUACGUGCGCUCGUCCGGCAACGUCAUCGAGUUUGUGUUCGGCAUGAUCAUGUUCGGCAACGGGGCGUACACCAUGGCGUUCGAGUCGGGCAGCAAGAUCCGGGCGUGCAUGAUGUGCCUCCACGCCUACUUCAACAUCUACCUGCAGGCCAAGAACGGCUGGAAGACCUAGAACACUUCUGGUUAAGGCGUCGCAUGUUUCCCUGUGGAACCACACACCUUAAAUCAAAUCCAUCUUAACUGUAAAUCCCCCACGAGUCGCAAAGGCCUCCGCUGACGAUCUUAAACGUCAUCAUCUUCUCAACAUCAUCUUUAUAUCUCAAAUGUAUUCACUUAGUGGAUGCAUUUAACCAAUGCAACGUGCAGGGGAUUUGAACCUGUGAUUUCUUGAUGCGCAGUCAAAUGCUC